GCACCCGCGAUUGAUAAGCACGGAUUGUGAUGGGCGGCUGAGCAAGCGAUCGCAUGCAAACCUUCCCCGACCCAAACAGCCCAUCGGUACAGGCUUUUAACGGUGAUAACCUCCGCCAGACUACGGAACUCGAAGCAGCUCCGACGCAGUGAUAAGGUACGUGAGAUUGCGCAUGUUGGUGUGAAGGAGAUCGGUUCCCGGUCCCAAACUGUGCCUCGAUCAUAAAAGCUGACCCGGACCAAGUGAAACUUUCCAGUCGUUGUUUGUUCAUCGCUCGCUACGACCGAAGCCACACUUCCUCCCGGGGCGGCCUCUGUAGUCUCUGUUUUUGUGUCUCGUGCAUGUGUUUGCGGUGUAAAGAAGUCCCAUGUAAUAGUGCGCAAAGACAUUGAUGCCAAUGUGUUGUGACCGUCGGCGAUAGAUUUCAAGUGACUUCCCUUUAUGACCCGAAAGACCUCAUCGCAGGACAUCAUCGCAUCUGUGAUCUAGACGAACAAAAAAAAAAAAACCUCCCAUCCAGGAACCACGUGGUGGUUCGGUAGUAGUAUCCGCAUUUGCUGGACCCUCCCUAGGCAACUGCUGCGCUUGUGAUUCUCACUUUACUCUAGUGAUAAAGAGUGUUUCUAGCCGACGCGUCCAUCCCUCGAUUGUACCUGUGUGAUCAAGAACUGAAUGGUGAAAGAGCCUGAGAGCGGUAGUAGCAGUGUGAAUUAUUUCCACGUCUUCAGCUCGUUCUGUUUGGCGACCACAUUGUUUGACCUUCGCGAAGAUUGCUCCAAAAUGGCCUGUCUUCCGCAGUCAGCGUUCGCAGUGCACAAGAUCCGGCAGGCCCAGAACAACAAGGAUCUCACCGUUGCUCGUAUGACCGGUGACAAGCAGGGUCCCAGAUAUUUGAACAAGAAUACUCUCGACCUAACACCGGUCAAGUACAAUGGAAAGCUGAUGAACAGCAUCUGGGGCCUGUACAAUCGCUACUCGCCCCACAACUUCAAGAAAAACAAUGGUUCCUACGGGAGUUUCUUUGGCAUGCAACAGCCAUUUGCUGUUGCAUGCUCUCCGAUGGAGAAAGAACAACCGGUGACCAAUCCAGCCGACCAGAAUUAGAUUGGCAGAAUCGUAUCUAGACGACUUGAGUUGAGUUUUCACAAUUUCUAGAUCAAUAGUUUGUAGAAUCAUGAUUGUGAUUUAUUGGAAUAAUAAAUGCUUUAUUCUGUAAUUUAUA